AUGACACACCUCGGCCUGAUAAACUGUCAAUCUGCUUGUAAUAAGUCAGAUUUGAUUAUAGAUCACAUUCGUGACUAUAGCAUUGACAUCCUAGCUCUAACAGAAACAUGGUUUCGUGCUGAACAAGAUCGGAACACCGCUAGUAUAACUCCCGAGGGAUAUAAGCUGGUACAUAUCCCCAGAAAAGGGCGUCGAGGUGGUGGUGUCGGACUAGUCUACAAGUCUAGCUUGACGGCGUCUGUUGUCAAGCAGUGUAGCCAUCCACCGCCAUCUUCCUUUGAAUCUAUGGAAGUUGACAUUCAUAACCAUGACAACAAGCACUUCCGAAUCAUUGUGUUGUACCGUCCACCACACAGCUCAUUAACUACGUUCAUGGAUGAGUUCGCCUCCCUUCUUGAUCGGUAUGCGUUGUUCACUGGGCAGCUUAUUAUACUAGGAGACUUCAAUAUCCACUGGAACAAUGACGCCACCACCAGCACCCCUUCAGCUAAUGACCGGCGUUUUGGUAACCUCCUCACACAGUUCAACAUGCAACAAUUGGUAACCACUGGAACUCACACAUCUGGUCACACAAUAGACUUUGUGAUCACGCGACAGUUCGACACCCUCGUACAAUCUGUUGACACAUCGGACUUUGUGUCUGACCAUUGUGCUGUCCAUUGCCGGUUGGACUUGCGUAAACCAAGAUAUGUGAGGCACAAAAUCACGUAUCGGAAGAUCACUGCGAUAGACCCCACUAAAUUUAAGGAUGACAUUGCCACAUCUCCGCUCAUCACAUGCCCUGCAGAUACGCCAGACACCUUAGUCGACCAGUACAACUCUGUACUCUGUAAACUGCUUGACUCUCACGCUCCCCCCAAAACCUGCAAAAUUGUAGAUAAACCAAAAAUUCCUUGGUACAACAAUGACAUCGCAGAGGCCAAACGCAAGCGUCGUCAACUUGAACGACGCUGGCGAAAAUCCAAGUUACAGAUACACCGUGAGAUGUUCCAAUCGCAGAGAGAUCUGGUAAAAUCCAAAUACAGGUAUUACCAGACGAAUUACUACUCAGAGAAAAUCCAAGGCUGUGAUGGUGACCAACGUGCCCUUUUUCAGGUCAUAAACCAUCUUCUGCACAAGAAAACAUCACCCAUACUCCCAUCAUUUUCUUCACCCUAUGAGAUGGCUACCCAUUUUUCUGACUUUUUCGACAGCAAGAUCUCCAAGAUCAGAAAUGACUUAGCAGAAAUGGAUCCCGGCAUUAAUCCUGCGCAGGCAGAUCUUGAAUUUUGCCAAUCUCCCCUCUUAUCCUUAGCACCUGCAUCAGACACGGAAGUGAUGAAGAUCGUCAAGAGUGCACCGACGAAGACCUGCCCUCUUGACCCAAUACCGACAUCGUUGGUAAAGGAUCACAUCAACGUGUUGCUUCACCCUUUAACACUGAUCAUCAACAAGUCACUCGCCACAGGUCACUUCCCGACAUGCUUCAAGACAGCUCUCAUCACACCCGUCAUCAAGAAGAAAUCACUGGACUCUAAUGAUCUAAAGAACUAUCGUCCAAUUUCAAAUUUGCCUUUUAUGUCGAAGGUUGUUGAGAGAGUAGUUGCAGCCAGGUUGAAUGCACAUCUCAUUCAACAUAACCUGCGGGACAACCUCCAAUCAGCGUACACUAAGUUCCAUAGUGUUGAGACAGCACUUGUCAAAGUUCACAACGACAUAAUGCUCGCUGUUGACAACAAAAGGGUUGUUCUCCUGGUUCUGCUAGAUCUCUCAGCAGCCUUCGACACCGUUGACCAUAAAAUCCUGCUACAUAGGUUACAGUAUCACUUUGGGGUACAGGGAUCUGCACUUUCAUGGUUCAGAUCAUACCUCCAAGAUCGAUCUCAGGCUGUCAACAUAUCAGGAGAGUUGUCUGAUCGCUCUUCAUGGUUUAGCCCCACUGUAUCUGAAGGAAAUGGUUCAACAUCGUCAACUGAGACCAGGUCUGAGGUCGUCGUCAUCCAAUAA